AUUUAUUUAUGCUCUCAUUUCAUCGUCAAGCUACAAGAUAAUUGCUCUUAAGUGCUCGAUAAUGUUUUUCUAGUAAAGGUGAUAAGAAACCAUCUCAUCCAAAAUUUGUAUUUGGUGUUCCUAAGGAAACAUUUCCUAAUGAAAAUAGAGUAGCUGCAACACCUGAAUCUAUUAAAAACUUAGUUAAAGAUGGUCAUUAAGUAUAUACUAAUUAUAUUUAUAUAGGUUCUGAUAGAGACUGGUGCAGGUUUGAAGGCUAAUUUUGCAGAUAAUGUAUAUCAAGAAGUUGGAGCAAAAGUUGUCGAUUCAAAUUCAGUUUAUGACUAAUCUGAUGUAAUCUUAAAAAUUAGACCUCCAGAUAAUACAAAGGCUUUAAAGGAAAACUAAACUCUUGUAAUUAUUAUUAAUAAAAUUAGACCUCUUUCAUAUACCCAGCAUAGAAUAAAGAAUUACUAAACUAAUUAUAAGAAAAGAAAAUUACAACAUUUGCUAUGGAAUGUGUUCCAAGAAUUACUAGAGCUUAAACAUAUGAUGCCUUAAGUUCUAUGGCCAAUAUUGCAGGAUAUAAAGCAGUUUUAUUGGCAGCAAAUGAAUUUGGUAGAUUUUUUGCUGGUUAAAUGACAGCUGCAGGAAAAGUACCACCUGCUAAGGUAUUAGUAAUUGGAGCAGGAGUUGCUGGUUUAUCAGCUAUUGUAACUGCUAAAAAUAUGGGAGCUAUUGUUAGAGCAUUUGAUACUAGAUUAGCAACAAAAGAAUAAGUAAAGUCUUGUGGAGCUGAAUUUUUGGAAGUCAAAAUAAAUGGAGAAGUUGUUGAUGGUGCAGGUAUUGGUGGAUAUGCUAAGGAAAUGGGAAAAGAAUAUUUAGAAGCAGAAUUAGCUUUAUUCUUAAAAUAAGCCAAAGAAGUUGAUAUAAUUAUUACAACUGCACUUAUUCCAGGAAGACCAGCACCUAAAUUAUUAUCAAAAGAAUUAGUAGAAAACAUGAAAUAAGGAUCAAUUAUUGUUGAUUUGGCUGCUGAAACAGGAGGAAAUUGUGAAUUAUGUAAACCAGGAGAAUUAUAUAAUCAUUAAGGAAAAGUUAAAAUUAUUGGAUAUACUGAUUUACCUAGCAGAUUACCUACUUAAAGUUCAACAUUAUAUGCAAAUAAUAUUGGAAAAUUGAUGUAAUACAUUGUAGGAACAAUCAAAGAUCCAAAUGGAAAAAUGACACAAGUGGAUUUGAAUGAUGAUGUUGUAAGAUAAUCAUUAGUAACAUUAAAUGGAGAAUUGAAAUGGCCACCUCCUCCUAUCAUUACAUCUAAGAGCGAACUCUAAUAAGCUGAUACAUCAAAAGCUGCUUCUCAUAAAAAAUAAGAAGUUAAAGUAGAUCCAUAUAAAUAAGCUUGGAAGAAUGUAAUUAAUACAUCAGCUUCACUUAUGGCAAUGAUGGCUUUAGGUUAUCAAUCUCCAAAUAUGGAAUUCUUAAAAAUGUUAAAUACUUUUGCUUUAGCAGGAAUUGUGGGUUAUCAAGUAGUUUGGGGUGUAACUCCAGCCCUACAUUCACCACUUAUGUCAGUUACAAAUGCAGUAUCUGGUAUAAUUAUAGUUGGUGGUAUGGAAUUGAUGGAUGGAAAAUAUUUGCCAGGUUCUUUUACUGGGUUAUUGGCAGCUAUCUCUGUUGCUAUAGCAUCACUCAAUAUUUCUGGUGGUUUCUUAGUCACAUAAAGAAUGUUAAAUAUGUUUAGAAGACCCACUGAUCCUGCUGAAUACAAUUAUUUAAUGGCAUUAGCAGGUGCUACAGGAGUACUUGGAUAUUAUGGUGGACUCUAUUAUGGAAUUCCAAAAGAACCAUUAACAAAUCUUUCAUAUUUAGCUUCAUCAAUAGCUUGCAUAUUAGCACUUGCUGGAUUAUCACAAUAAUAGACAGCUAGAAUUGGUAAUAGUUUUGGUUGUUUGGGAGUUGGAUUGGGUGUAGCUGCAACUUUAGGAUAUAAAGGAUAUUCUCCAGAAUUAUUAGCUUAAUGGGCAUCAAUGGUUAUGUUAGGUGCUACUAUUGGAGGUACAGUUGCUACAAGAGUUGCUAUUACUGAUUUACCUUAAUUAGUUGCUUGUUUCCAUUCAUUUGUUGGAUUGGCAGCAGUAUUAACAUCUAUUGGUAAUUAUUUACAUGUAUUCCCUCAUUUGGCUGAAGAUCCAGCUGCACUUGUUCAUAAAUUAUCAAUCUUCUUUGGUAUUUUCACAGGUGGUAUUACAUUUACUGGAUCACUUAUUGCCUUUGCUAAAUUGUAAAAUCUUUUGCCUUCAAAUCCAACUGUUAUUCCUUAUCAUAAUUAAGUUAAUAUUGCAUUAGCAGCCUUAUCUGUUGCAUCUUUAUUAAUAUAUAAUUAAACAGGUAGUUUUGCUGUUGGAAUGACAGCCUUAUUAACAGCAACAGCUGCUAGNUUAGUAGAAAACAUGAAAUAAGGAUCAAUUAUUGUUGAUUUGGCUGCUGAAACAGGAGGAAAUUGUGAAUUAUGCAAACCAGGAGAAUUAUAUAAUCAUUAAGGAAAAGUUAAAAUUAUUGGAUAUACUGAUUUACCUAGCAGAUUACCUACUUAAAGUUCAACAUUAUAUGCUAAUAAUAUUGGAAAAUUGAUGUAAUACAUUGUCGGAACAAUCAAAGAUCCAAAUGGAAAAAUGACAUAAGUGGAUUUGAAUGAUGAUGUUGUAAGAUAAUCAUUAGUAACAUUAAAUGGAGAAUUGAAAUGGCCACCUCCUCCUAUCAUUACAUCUAAGAGUGAACUCUAAUAAGCUGAUACAUCAAAAGCUGCUUCUCAUAAAAAAUAAGAAGUUAAAGUAGAUCCAUAUAAAUAAGCUUGGAAGAAUGUAAUUAAUACAUCAGCUUCACUUAUGGCAAUGAUGGCUUUAGGUUAUCAAUCUCCAAAUAUGGAAUUCUUAAAAAUGUUAAAUACUUUUGCUUUAGCAGGAAUUGUGGGUUAUCAAGUAGUUUGGGGUGUAACUCCAGCCCUACAUUCACCACUUAUGUCAGUUACAAAUGCAGUAUCUGGUAUAAUUAUAGUUGGUGGUAUGGAAUUGAUGGAUGGAAAAUAUUUGCCAGGUUCUUUUACUGGGUUAUUGGCAGCUAUCUCUGUUGCUAUAGCAUCACUCAAUAUUUCUGGUGGUUUCUUAGUCACAUAAAGAAUGUUAAAUAUGUUUAGAAGACCCACUGAUCCUGCUGAAUACAAUUAUUUAAUGGCAUUAGCAGGUGCUACAGGAGUACUUGGAUAUUAUGGUGGACUCUAUUAUGGAAUUCCAAAAGAACCAUUAACAAAUCUUUCAUAUUUAGCUUCAUCAAUAGCUUGCAUAUUAGCACUUGCUGGAUUAUCACAAUAAUAGACAGCUAGAAUUGGUAAUAGUUUUGGUUGUUUGGGAGUUGGAUUGGGUGUAGCUGCAACUUUAGGAUAUAAAGGAUAUUCUCCAGAAUUAUUAGCUUAAUGGGCAUCAAUGGUUAUGUUAGGUGCUACUAUUGGAGGUACAGUUGCUACAAGAGUUGCUAUUACUGAUUUACCUUAAUUAGUUGCUUGUUUCCAUUCAUUUGUUGGAUUGGCAGCAGUAUUAACAUCUAUUGGUAAUUAUUUACAUGUAUUCCCUCAUUUGGCUGAAGAUCCAGCUGCACUUGUUCAUAAAUUAUCAAUAUUCUUUGGUAUUUUUACAGGUGGUAUUACAUUUACUGGAUCACUUAUUGCCUUUGCUAAAUUGUAAAAUCUGUUGCCUUCAAAUCCAACUGUUAUUCCUUAUCAUAAUUAAGUUAAUAUUGCAUUAGCAGCCUUAUCUGUUGCAUCUUUAUUAAUAUAUAAUUAAACAGGUAGUUUUGCUGUUGGAAUGACAGCCUUAUUAACAGCAACAGCUGCUAGUAAAGUUUUAGGAGUUACAUUAACAAAUGCUAUAGGUGGUGCUGAUAUGCCAGUUGUAAUUACUGUUUUGAAUUCAUAUUCAGGAUGGGCAUUAUGUGCUGAAGGUUUUAUGUUAGAUAAUCCAUUAUUAACUAUUGUUGGAGCAUUGGUUGGAUCAUCAGGUGCUAUUCUCUCUUAUAUUAUGUGUAAAGCCAUGAAUAGAAAUUUAACAAGUGUUAUAUUUGGUGGAUUUGAUGUUAAUCCAGCUGCUAUUUAAUCUACUAAAGUUGAAGGUACUCACACUGAAAUCAAUGUUGAAUAAGCUGUUGAAAUGAUGGUUGGUAGCAAAUCUAUCAUCAUUGUUCCUGGAUAUGGUUUGGCAGUUGCUAAAGCAUAAUAUCCAGUUGCUGAAAUGUGCAAGACACUUAUUGAUUAAGGAAUUAAAGUUAGAUUUGGUAUCCAUCCAGUUGCUGGAAGAAUGCCUGGUUAAUUAAAUGUCUUAUUAGCUGAAGCUGGUAUUCCUUAUGAUAUUGUGUUUGAAAUGGAUGAAAUUAAUGAUGAUUU